CAUGAUUUAUGAAUGAGAAUGAACUGCUAGCUACUAGUAGACACCGCCCAAUCUCUCCGCCUAUAUAAUCCGGCCGCGUCGGGACCAUGGCAUUGGCACCCUAUUCCAUCUCACCAACUUGUGACUACACAAUAAUAACUUCUACCAGCUGUGCCUCUCCACGCCGCUACAUCUACGCACCCGCCACCGCCAUGGCCAAGAAGAGGCUCCUCCUACUAGCGCACAAGAUCUUCUCCGCCAUGCUCUCCCUCCUCCUCCACGGCCGCCGGAGCAGGCCAUCCACCACCACGACGGACUCUUCCUCCCCCGCGGUGCACCGCGGCGCUCCUCCUCCUCCGACGACCGCCGCCGCCGCCGGGGCCCUCGUGGUCGACGUCGACACCGCGCUGCUGCGGUCCGGCGACCUGUUCCCGUACUUCAUGCUCGUGGCGCUCGAGGCCGGCGGCUUCCUGCGCGGGCUGCUCCUGCUCCUGCUGUGCCCGCUCGUCCGCCUCAUGCCGCGCGCCGCCGCCGUCAGGGCUAUGGCGGCGGUGUCCUUCUGCGGCCUGCGCGCCGCCCGGUUCCGCGCCGGCCGCGCCGUGCUGCCCAAGUGGCUCAUGGAGGACGUGGCGGCGGAAGGGUUCCAGGCGGUGCGCGCGGCGGGGAGCAGGGCCGUCUGCGUCACUGCCAUGCCCAGGGUCAUGGUGGACGGCUUCCUCCGGGAGUACCUCGGCGUGCACGCCGUGGUUGCCAGGGAGAUGAAGGUGGUCUGGGGGUUCUACACCGGGAUCAUGGAGGACGCGCGGCCGGCCGAGGGUGCAGAGAUGGUGAAGAAGGCGGCGGAGGAACAGACGGUCGUCGUCGGGUACUCUGCGUCAAUGGAGUUUCUUAACCAUCCUCUCUCACGUUGCUGCAAGGAGAUCUUCGUGGUGAGCUCCGACGAGAAGAGCCGGUGGCGGCCGCUGGCAAGGGACAAGUACCCAAAGCCGAUGGUGUUCCACGACGGGCGCCUGGCGUUCCGGCCGACGGGCGCCGGCACGGCCGCCAUGUUCGCGUGGCUGCCCCUGGGCGUGACCCUGGGCGCGGCGCGGCUGGCCGUGGCGCUGGUCCUGCCGUACAGGUACUCGACGCCGAUCCUGGCGGCGACGGGCAUGUCGUGGCGGCUCAAGGGGUCGCGCCCGGCGCUGGCGCCGCCGUGCUCCGGCGGGCGCGGGCAGCUGUUCGUGUGCAACCACCGGACGCUGAUCGACCCGGUGUACGUGUCCGUGGCGCUGGACCGGCAGGUGCGCGCCGUGUCCUACAGCCUGAGCCGGCUGUCGGAGCUCAUCUCCCCCAUCGGCCGCACCGUGCGCCUGACGCGGGACCGGGACAGCGACGGCGCCGUCAUGGCGCGCCUCCUGGACCGGGGCAACCUCGUCGUCGUCUGCCCCGAGGGCACCACCUGCCGGGAGCCCUACCUGCUGCGCUUCAGCCCGCUCUUCGCCGAGCUCAGCGACGACGUCGUCCCCGUCGGCAUCGCCGUCGAGACGUCCAUGUUCUACGCCACCACCGCCGGCGGGCUCAAGUGCUUCGACCCGCUCUACUACAUGGCCAACCCCAGGAUGUGCUACACCGUGCAGUUCCUCGAUAAGGUGGACACCAGCGCCGUCCGGAGCAGGGCCGCGCCCAGCACCCAGAUGGCCAACCUCGUGCAGAGGAAGAUGGGGGACGCGCUCGGCUACGGCUGCACCAUGCUCACCCGGAAGGACAAGUACCUCAUGCUAGCCGGCAACGACGGCAUCGUCCGAUAAACUGUCGGCGGCGGCCCCUGCAUACGCGCGCGCGCAGCAGGGAGGAAGAACAAAGAGUACAUAAAAAAAGAACAACUAAUAAGUCAAACUAGCUUAUUGUUGAUUGAUUAGAAACAAAAAAAAACAACAACAACAACAACCAAUUGUACGUUAUGGAAAAAAAAGGUAGGGAUUUUUUGUCCUUGACUUUUGGUUUUAGAGAAGAAAGUUUGGUACAUCACGUUGUUGAUUGGUUGAUCAUUUAUUUUUCUAAUGUUUGUUUCCUUCUCUUAAAUAGUUUCUAUUUAUUUAUUUAUUCAUGUUUAAACAGGUUAGGUAUUUUUCUUGAGAUUUUUAUUUAGGUAUGUGUAUGUGUAUGUAAAGAAGCAACAAGCUUUAUUGUAUCUCUGCGGUGCUUGUAGUACUUGUACUGUAGAAAAAAAAAAGACACUACAAUGUGAAUUAAAUAUUAAACUUGCCAUUUUGUGCUCUUGUCA